UCUUCUGAGGUGACCUGUGGUUCUGCUGGUAUUCCAGGUAUCCCUGGAAUUCCGGGAAAUCCCGGAAGAGAUGGUAUACCCGGAUCACGUGGUCCUGUGGGAGCGAAAGGGGGGCCUGGCGAGAGAGGAGAUGAUUACGCAGAUCUGGUGAAGUCAAAUUGGAAACAAUGUGCUUGGAAGAGACAGGAUAACAAAGACACUGGCUUGAUACAGGUUUCAGAAAUUAAGGGUUACAAUUAUUUAAUUAAGGAACAGUUCAAAUACGAUACAGAGGUGACUGGGAUUUCAAAUUAGUCCGAGUGCCUUAAAAAAGAAUGGCAGGCGAGCCUUAUUAAUGCACAGAGAUUUUGAAAUACUGCUAAGGCCGAAGUAGAGUAUUUGAACUGAAUUCCGUCAAACGUUUUAAUUUAUAAUUACAUAGUUUUAUUUAAAAUCUGAUUUUAAAUUCUAUUGCAGAAUCAUCCUCAGAGAUACGAAAAACCAGUUUCAUAUUAUUCUAUAUGAAACUGAUUUUAAAGUUCUAGUACUUUAGUGUCCUGUAGGACGACAUCAUCCUCUAGUUGCUACUGUUAAUUAAUGAGUUAGGAAAGAUAUUUUUACGACCUACUUUGGUAGCAAAGUUUAAAUGUUUAAUUCACACUUGGCUCAUUUUCCGGGCAGUUUGAAAACGUCGACGAAGACAAUCAUAGUCCCUAAUCUAAUAAUUGUAACCCUUGCGUAAUCCUAGUCUAAUCAUAAUCCUUACGGCUUGCCUUAAUUUUGGUCCUAACGAAAGCUUUGCAGUAAUAAAUUUACGUGGUGUUUCCACAAACAAAAAAUUAUAUAAUCCCACUUAGUUCUAAUCCUAAACUUUUCAGCUAAUCGUUAAAUUAUUCCCAAACUAACCACACUCAAAACCAACAUCCUAACCUUAACCCGUAUCUUAUCCUAAUCUGAUCCUAACUGGGAUCCAAUCCUAAUGUAAUCCAAACUCUAAUCUAAUCCUUGCCUUUAACCUAAUCUAUUCGAACCCUUCGAAGCCUAAUCUAAACCUUACCAUAUUCUAAUCCCAACCCUAAUCUGAUCCUUACCCUAAUCCAAUCCUAAGCCUAAUCUAAUGUAAGCCUAAUAUAAUCUUGUCAUUUAAAGGCUGCUCUAAUCCUUUCCCUAAACGUAAUCUUAACCUUAUGCUUAUCCCAAUUACCUUUUGUCUGUUCUGUUCAUGCAUAUAGAACUGUAUUUUCAACAAGAAAUACGACAACACCUCACUCCGCGUGUUUUACGCAGGAAACUUGCGUUCAGAUGGCAGUGUUGUUUGCAAUCGGUGGUAUUUUACAUUUGAUGGCGCAGAAUUUACAAAACCAGCGACUAUUGAAGGAGUUGUUUACGUUCAAUCAUCCCAUGUCAACCCCCUUCGUCACCGCUAUAUUGAAGGCUACUGCAACCAAGUUCCUAAAGGUCACAUACGUGUGGGGUUCUGGAUAGGCAAGUGUCAGGGUUAUAAUCUCGGAGAUGGUGUAACUGGUUUUAAUUCCAUGUCUCGUAUUGUGAUUGAAGAAGUACCACCUCCUCAAGCUUAA